CCCAUCAGACCAGGACCUUCAGCAUGCACUGGGACGGUUAGCAGCCGAGUGUGAAGCGGCUGGGAUGAGAAUCAGCACCUCCAAAUCUGAGGCCAUGGUUCUCAGUCGGAAAAGGGUGGCUUGCUCACUUCAGGUAGGUGGAGAGUUCCAGCCUCAAAUGGAGGAGUUCAAGUAUCUGGGGAUCUUGUUCACGAGUGAGGGAAGGAUGGAACGGGAGAUUGACAUACGGAUCGGUGCAGCUUCUGCAGUAAUGCGGUCGUUGUACCGGUCUGUCGUGAUGAAGAAGGAGCUGAGCCGCAAGGCGAAGCUCUCGAUUUACCGGUCAAUCUACGUUCCUACUCUCACCUAUGGUCAUGAGCUGUGGGUCAUGACCGAAAGGACAAGGUCCCAGAUACAGGCGGCCGAAAUGAGCUUGCUCCGCAGGGUGGCCGGGCGAUCCCUUAGAGAUCGGGUGAGAAGCUCGGUCACUCGGGAGGAGCUCAGAGUAGAUCCGCUGCUCCUCCACAUCGAGGGGGGCCAGCUGAGGUGGCUCGGGCAUCUUUUCCGGAUGCCCCCUGGACACCUUCCCGGGAAGGACUAUGUCUCCCGGCUGGCCUUGGAACGCCUCGGUGUCCCCCCGGAAGAGCUGGAGGAAGUGUCUAGGGAGAGGAAAGUCUGGGCAUCCCUGCUUAGACUGCUGCCCCCGCAACCCGGCCCCAGAUAAGCGGAAGAAAAUGGAUGGAUGGAUGGAUGGACUAUUUAUAGGAGCUCAUUGUAGUCCAGACGGCUGAGGAAAUAACGCAAGCCCUGCUUGGGAGGUUGAAGACGUACCAGGUUGUUUUCUAGCACAAGCUCCCCCACACCUGUCAUGCUGGCACCCAGGCGCAACAUCUCC